AUGAUCUGUAUACAAGCCUCAGCCAUACGCCUGUUCGGGUUCCGAGCAUCCUCCACUGUGAUGGACCUGCCCUUCACCCUGGCCUGGGGCAAGGAUCGAGAUGGAGCCCGAACCUGUUACCGUGCUACGCCGUGUGCUUCGGGGGGUUUUAAGGGGCCGCCUGUGUUUUUCGGCAGGACCCGGCUGAGAUACUACUCGUACUACCUGGUGCCCAACAUCGAGAACCUGGAUCCGUCGUCCCUGACCCGAGAACUCGACCAGGAUUCCACCGGAUGGGUGCAGACCACCAUGAUCGACGACGACGACCUGACCUUUGGAGGGAAGAGCCUGAGCGCCUGGCACGAGGAGGACCGUCGACGUCUCAGCACCGGCGCCGGCACCGGCUCCUCCAUGGCGGAUGAUGGUGAUGAGCACAGACGUGGGAGGGAGCGUGUCCGUCGCCAGUCGCACACCAAGGGUGCUGCACAAUCCCUUAUCACGACUUUGAUCAUGGGGUCAGCCGCCUGGAAAAAUCAGACGUUAAUUUUUAAUUUUUACCAGUGCUGA